AUGACCGAUGGGAGGACACUUCAUCCUACCUCCUCCAAUCUACCUCCACUGGCAGACGUUGAGCUUCAAAAACACGAGAUCACGACGAUUGCGAGUAGUGGACUUGGUUUUGGUACAGUAGCCAUUCUUCUGUCUACGCCAGGCGUGCCCUCCAAUUAUGAUGCCGUGUUGCAUAGCAAACGACUUGGAUGUCUUCAUCCAUUCAAACUAGACUCGUCCACCACUGACAUCAACCUAGAGCUGGAGUCCUUCCUGAAGAAACCACAUGAUGAUCCAUUUUCAAUAGGGCUAUUGCACAUCAGAGCGCUCAUCUUGCAAGUCCUUUCUUCAAUUGUGGUACCGCACCGCUCGUUCAGCACAUCAUGCGGAAUGGAGGAACGAAGCAGAAGAAGCCGAAUUGAAAAAGGCAUUUCAGAGAUUCCAAUGGAACUGGGUCUGAAAAUUUGCAAGCACCUUAACGCCACCGAUUUGGUGAAUUUGUGUGAAGCAGUUCCAAGGUGGAAGUGGGUACUCAAUACCUCGCCAUUCUCCCACGUUGUAUGCGAGAGCAUAGAAGAUUGGAAAUGGCUUGAUAGGCACCUCUGUCAGCUGCUUUUCGGUGGAGACGCCGAGAUUGCCUGGACUAAUGCCACUUUAGCAACGGUGUAUCGCAAUCAGCAAGAUGCCAUUUUUCAAAGACUGUCUCGUACAGAAUUCCCUGAGCAUACACAGAGGCCUGUUAGUUGUUUGUUCCUCACAUCAACUUCUGACGUGAGUCGGCUGCGAGACGAUGUAAAACAGUACCAUUGCAAUUUGCAAGUGGUAAAUACCGGCCCCCCAACUCGCAUCCUCUUCGAUGUGGUCAGUGACGCAACACACUUUAAACAUGAUUGGAAUGGCUUUUCACACGUCUCAGGCGAAAGCUGUCUGCAAAAGUUGCAGGACAUUACAGGAUCAGGAACGGAAGUGGGCAAACGAAGGCGUCUGACAGACUACGACUGUGUAAUCCUAGAUGUUGAUUACGGGGAUACUAUUCAAUUGCAUGCAGACAUGGAUGACCUCUUGAGUGGCAUGACCCCGCGCCAAACACUCAUCACGACUGGGUCGUUGCUCCACAUCAAGGGUCUCGUGAGCAACCUCGAUUGCAUGGAGGAGAUGUUUUGGAGCUUAGGUGGGCUUGAAUUCUCUCUCCUUUCCCAAAUCUCCGCUAACUGGCGAAUUUGGUGCAAUCAGCACCAAAAUCACUUUGCCAUUGAUUUCGUGGAGGUAAUGCGGUGGGCCUGUCUCGAUGUCUUCUCGAGACAAGGUGGCAAAACAUUGCACUGCUGA